AUGAAGAAUGAAAAUAUUGUAGCAAAACUUGCAUUACGCGAAACGAGAGGAUGUUUGCAGCCGCAUUUACGUGGAAACCGAGCUCGUUUCUUCAAGAAAUGCCCUAGACGGUUUUGCAUUCCGUUGGACAGCAUAUUAGAUGUGAAUGGUGUUAUCAGAAAAGGACAUAUUAUUCUUGGUUUUAGUAAGAAUGGCAGAUACUUGAUAUCAUAUUGUCUUCAUAUUGACAAUGAUGACACAAGUCCAAUGCCAAGGUAUAUAUACUCUCUUCACUGGUGGAAUUUCAAUCUAGGGAAGCCCUUGGUUCAGGUCUUUUCAGUGACAUUGUUUCAAGGAGAGGAAAUUCAUGAAGAUUUACAUUUAAUGGUGGCACAGAGCCCAGAUGAGGCACAUGUGGUGGUUUAUGGUGAAGUACGCUCUUCAAGAGGAGAUCAGAGUCAUCAGUGUUAUGUUACAGUUUGUGCUGGACCCACCAGGCACCCAUGUGCAAUUUGCAAGAACUCUUCCCUUGGUGAAAGAGCAGAGCCAUGUUUGGAACAUUCUUUUGUUGUUCACUUUAAGUAUGACCUUUUGCACCCAUUUCCCUUAUUCAACCCUUCAAUAAAUCUGAAGAUUAAAGAUACAGUUCUUUUCAACACUGGAGACUACUUGAUGGCAUUACAAAUGUUUACCUCCAAGAGCACAAUCAAGAAUAAACAGGAAAUUCUCAACAAUCUAUUUGCUCAUGAAAAAGACCAUGCUUCAAAGUUGUGCACUUUUGUACCUAGUGAUAUUGUACAGGAUACAUCAAACACAAGCAGUGAUAGAGGAGAAUAUUCCAAGUCAUGUUUGGUAGCAAGGAAAGUGCAGGUAGGUACCCAGUCUACUAAGGACGAGAAAGUGAAAUAUAUUCAAGAAGUUAACUUUGCAGCAAGCUCUGGAACAGACUGUGGUGCCAAAGCUGAGGUAAUGAGCUUAAAUUGCACCAUGCAAAAUAAUGUUGAAAGGUGCAAGAUUGUAUCUGCCUUUACUAAUGAGCUGGAGGGAAUACAUGAUGAACAGAUUAAAGUCGGUGUAAGUGGAGAUUUUUCACCUACUCAUUGUUCAAUGGGUGUGAAAAAUUGUCAUGACCUGUGCAACAAAGUGCAUGGUGCUCAAGGGGAUUUUUUUGGUGAAGGAAGUAACCAAAUGAAGUGUAAUGAGUCUCCUAGUACUGCUAACCUAUCUUUCAACUCAACUCGAGCUUUGGGAAACAUAGGUUCUGUGAAUUCAUCUCAAAGCUUGACUAAGACAGAAGGCUCAAGCACAUGCACCAACGUUUCUGGUGAUUCAUCUACUACUAGUCGUGUCUGGAAAGAAAAUUCAUUUCAUCAAAAUUCUGAGCCUGGAAAGUCUGAUAAUACACAUUGUGACUUUGCAUUCUCACGUUCAUACAGUUCUUUUGAGUACAAUAGUGUUACAGCUACACCAGUUAUGAACAACAACAAUCUCACCUCAUCUGUUUUCAAAGUGUAUGAAGAAAGUAGCAAUGAUUCCCGUGACAAUGAACUUCCUGAUCUGGCAAAUGAGUUUGACAUGUAUGAUGGCUCCCUGGCACUCACUGUUAAAAAGCAUCAUGGUAGAGCCCCCUUAAAACAAGUGGCCAAAAUAAACCAAAGCAACCCAAAUGUAGAAAUGUUUUCAGUCUUCAAAACAACUCUUAGAAGUAAAAAGCAAGUAAUGGCUAUUCAACAGACAACACUUGACAUAGAGCAAUGUAUCAGUGAAUUAAUUCAGUCUCAUGAAGACCUGCGGCAAAGCUACAAGUCCCUGAAGGACUAUGAUGUGCAGGUGAUCACCAUGUGUCCGGACAGUGGAGAUGUCAUCACACUUGCCAGGCUGCUGGUGUUCACACGCGUUAAGCAAGAAUCAGCAACCUGUGGUCUGUCUGUAAGUCCAAGCCCUGUAUUACAGAAGGUAGGAUUCAUAUUUUCCUGGAAUGUAUGGAGUGGUGACGUGAAGAUUCUUCAAACUCUUGAGCUGGAAACCUGCCCUGAGCGAACUCGAUACACCAAGUUUAACAUGGCUGCUAAAGAGGCUUCUGAGCUUCGGGCGAAAUUUUCCAUCCCUCAUAGCAUUCCUUCGCUUGUGCUGGCGUUUUCUAAUCACACUGUAUUUACUGGAAAGUCUCUGAAGUAUCUUGGGCAUCCAUUCCUCCCACUGGUUUUGGUGCUGUGAAAUGUUGGUUAGUUACAUGUUUCUUCAUUUAGUUUUCCCCGGCUAAUGCUGUGACAAUUUGUUAUCAAACGUUCUCCAACUAUUUUGCACGUUACAGGCCUUCAAUCGCGCGAUUGAUGUGACUGAACACUGUGAUUUAGUUACAAAACGCGCGUCACGCGACACAAAUGAGCCAAUCAUGUGGCAGGAUAGGCAUCUAAGAUGGCGUUUAGAUAUCACGUCAUAGGAUCAGUUUAUCUGUACCGCGUGAUACACAAUACUUUACUUCGUAUAGAACUUUUGUGCCCUGAAUACUGGUUUAACCAAGAAUUAAUCAAACCUCGACUCGGUUAAUUGAGUUUUCCCGCCCUUACGGUAGUAUGUUUGUGUUAACCUCGAGUUUUCUUUAGCUCCAUGUGGUACUUGCCAACGUGUGGAGUGGACGUUGCGAUUACCCAGCCCAUACUUGCUUCCUGUUGCUUUGCUUCACCACUGCAAUCGCGCCAUUCGUUUAUUUCGCUCCGCUUUACUAACUUAACACUUGGAACAGGUCAAGAUGUGUCGUUGAUUUCCAUCUAGUAGUUGUUUAGUUUCAGCUGUAGUUGUUUUAAACCCGGCUUUACCCGGCCGUAGUAAAUUGAAAGGGUUCAAAAAAAAUAUAAUAAUUUCCUUGAUUUUGGUGAUAUUUCGGGGUUUUUUUGUUUUGAUUUGUUUUGUUUUUCAUGUCCUUCAUGCUUUCUAGAAGCUAAACAAGCAGAGGAGUGUAGGCCAAUUUCCAAUCAAGUGUCAAAAAUCAUCUGGCAUCGCAUUAGUUUUGCGUUAUUUCGCUGAUUGAUUGCCUCUCAACCAAUCAAAUGCGGAACUAAAGCAAAUCCUGACCAGGUCAUGUGCGUUUGUGAUCCGCCCUUGGCGGGGAGGGUGACGGGA